AGGAUUGAGGAUAAGAAGUCGCAUUGCCUGGAUAGCGGAUAAGGAUACGGAUAAGGAGUGCCAGGCGGAGAUCCAGGAGGAAUAUAGGAGUUGCCAAUCCAAUCGCUUCGUCUCCGGAGCAGCACCAGGAGCAUCAGGGCAGUCCCAGCUGGAGGAGCAGGAAUCCCCCCGCGGCGGAGGAGCAGCCAGUCUGGAAUGUUGGAACACCCCCAGCGGUUCGUGCGCAACAUCCCCGACUCCUCAGCCAGUUCGCAGCAAUAUCCGCAGCAGCAUCCGCCACAGCUGCCGCAGCAUCAGAAUCUGAAUCUCAACCAGAAUCAGAAUCAGAUCUACCAGUAUCGUCCCCAGGUGCCCGUGCCCGUUCCCGGCUCGCCUGCUCACCACCAGAGGCACUCUUCGCUCUCCCAGCAACAGCAGCUGCACCACCACCGCACCCUGUCCACCGCCUCCUCCUGCAGCGCCCAGCACAAAAGUGUGACCUUCGGCCAGCCAACGCUCGACUGCGGCGGCAACGGCAGCGGAAGCGGCAACUCCUCCAGUGGCAGUGCCGCCGGCAACGCUGGAACCCAACCAAUGGCGGGCAACAUGAAGCACGGCAAAUCUCAGGAAGACGUCUGCUACGUGGUAGCCAAGUACGACUAUGCGGCGCAAGGUGCACAGGAGUUGGAUCUACGCAAGAACGAGCGCUAUCUGCUACUGGACGACUCAAAGCAUUGGUGGCGCGUCCAGAACAGCCGUAAUCAGUCCGGCUACGUGCCCAGCAACUAUGUAAAGAAGGAGAAGCCCUCGCUCUUCGACAGCAUUAAGAAGAAGGUGAAAAAGGGUUCUGGGUCGAAGACGUUGCCCAAUUGUUCACCCUCGCGACAGAUCGAUAGUCCAACCAUGUCGCGCCGACUGCCCCCAGAUCCCGCCGAGCCCAUCGGUACGGCUGUGGUUAAGUACAACUACCAGGCCCAGCAGCCCGAUGAACUAUCUUUGACCAAGGGCACUCGAAUCCUCAUCCUGGAGAAGUCGAACGACGGCUGGUGGCGUGGACAGAGCGGCAACUCCGUCGGUUGGUUCCCAAGUAACUACACAACGGAGGAUUGUGAUAACGACGGCGAAAUUCACACCUAUGCCAUGGCCGAGAAUGUACUAGAUAUUGUGGUCGCGCUGUACAGCUUCACGUCAAACAACGACCAGGAGCUGUCGUUUGAGAAAGGCGAUCGGUUGGAGAUCGUGGAUCGGCCCGCCUCCGAUCCGGACUGGUACAAAGCUCGCAACAACCAGGGCCAAGUCGGUUUAGUUCCACGCAAUUAUCUCCAAGAGUUGAACGACUACCUGGCUACGCCCUAUCGUAAUACGAGUGCUAGUGCCGGAAACGGAAAUGGAGGAGGUAGCAAUGGCGGAGCAGGCGGCGGAGGUGGAGGAACUGACUCCAUGGAGCGACGCAAUGAGGGCAAUAAGCCGGCAGCGCAAUCCUCUGGCCAGCCAAUUGAACGGCCAAAUCUGGCGGGCAAGUCUUGGUACUAUGGAGCUAUUACCAGGAGCCAGUGCGACACGGUGCUCAAUGGUCAUGGGCACGAUGGCGAUUUCCUCAUCAGAGACAGUGAGACUAACAUGGGCGACUAUUCGGUUUCGUUGAAGGCUCCCGGGCGCAACAAGCACUUCCGCGUUCACGUGGAGCAAAACAUGUACUGCAUCGGGCAGCGAAAGUUCCACUCGCUGGACCAAUUGGUCGAUCACUACCAAAGAGCGCCCAUCUACACGAACAAGCAGGGCGAAAAGCUGUAUCUGGUGCGAUCGCUGCCGAAGGCCAAUGGCACGUAAGCAGGAUCCAAGACCAGAGCGGCGGAAUCUCAGCAUCCAUAUUACCCGUAUUCAGUAACACACAUAUGCAACACAAAGAUAUACCAAGGCUAGCUUGUAGGCAGCUCAGCUCAGCGCGACGUGUAGUUCAAUGUAGUUUGGUUCGGAUAUUUAAUUAUGGACUCAGUUUUGGAUUAGAUCAGACCAGCGUGUGUAUAUAGAUCGGUUGGUUCAACGCGACCCGUACAUAUAGCCACGGACAAAGGACCUUUUUGUACUUUUAUAUAAUUGAAUUAACUAAAUUACCGCUUAAUUAUCGCAUUGGCUAUGUUAACGAGGAAUGAAAAACUAAAGAACUCAUCAUCGCAUUCGCAUCCGAUUCGAUUUGAGCAAUUCUAGAUGUCAACAUGCAAUACAUUUACAUAUUUACAUACCAUACAUGUGCACAUAUUAUACUAUAUUCUAAAGCAAAGUUGUAGCAAACCUAUGUACACAGAGAAAAGAGGCCGCUUUUAAUCAGAACACUCGAACAUGUAAUAUGAGAUAUGAUAUGAUGUCUAUUAUCCAUGCGUUAACCGUAAGCAUACUGUGUACGAUCGUAACCAAUCCAUAAAGAUAUCGAAUUCGUGUAUGUAAAUACAUAGGUGAGACAUCCUGAUCCUGGAUCCAGGACACUCAACCCACACAGCCAGAGUGAGGAAUACGCUCCUACAGUCAUUUUUGUUAUUUAUCCAUUCAAUUAUCGACUACGAUAUAACCAUGCAAAACAAAUACAAUUGAUAUCUCCGGGCGGAGUCUGCCUACCGCAUAAUUAUAAACAUAAUCUAAUCGUUUGCUGGCGUGGAGGAGAAGGGCGGCGACUUAUACCCGUAUAAGCCAUACUGUACAGUUGAUGCAAUGCUAACCUAGGCACUCUUUCAUCACUAGAUAUACGUGUACUCUUAUUUACGAUUACGAUAGUAGAACGCAGCGAUUCCAGCUUUAACUUUUGUUUUGAAUUAUAGCUAUUAUUUGUUUUUCUACGUUUUCGAUUUAAUUAUUACCAUUAUGAUUAUUAUUUUGUUUUUAUUUAGCUCUAGGAAAGUAAUUAGCGAAGGAACGAACGAUAGGAAGGAGUGGCUGCCAGUUAAAUGACCUUUGACUUUUCUUUCAUACGCGAAUUUUUAAAUUAUAAAUCUACAUUAUACGAGUACGUAACAUAAAACUUAAAUAAUUUAUAGUAAUUUAAACAAUUGCUAAACCAACUAGUACUAAAGACGAAGAGAACAAACUAGAAAUUAUACCGAAACGGAAAUGAAUAAAAAUACAUUCAAAUAAA